AAAUGACCAGUAGCUGACCGUCUGGCUCCCGUGAUUGUCCUUCGUGCUGUUACAUCUGCUCAAGGUGCCAGUUGAAGAAUGGACGAUGAUGACUUUGGUGGAUUUGAGGCUGCAGAGAGCUUCGACGGCGCGAGCGGAGAGACGCCGACCACGUCCCCUGCCAUCCCGUGGGCCGCGUUCCCUGCAGUUCCUGGAGCCCAUCUCUCUCCAGCCUCUCCCGAACUUGUCCUGGGUCAUGAGCGCCCUGCCCAGGUCGGCCGCCUCUUGUCCGAGCCCGUCCCCUCACCGGAGAGCACCCAUGCCGAGAGCAACAUUGUCAGCCAGACUCCUCCGAAAGCCCAGAUGCAGCAGUCAACACACACUCAUCUGGACAUCUCACUUUUUCCACUGGGUCUGACUGAUGAGAAAAGUAAUGGCGCGAUCGCUCUCGGGGACGGCUCUGAGGACCCUGGGGUCAACGCCUCAAACGCACAGCUGCAACAGAAGAUCUCCAGCCUGGAAAUGAAACUCAAAGUUUCUGAAGAAGAAAAACUGAGAAUUAAAAAGGAUGUAGAAUCAUUGCUGGAAAAGCACGGUGUCCUAGAAAAAGAUUUCCUUAAGGAGAAAGAGCAAGAGGCCGUUUCCUUCCAAGAUAGAUACAAAGAACUGCAGGAAAAACAUAAGCAAGAGCUGGAGGACAUGAGGAAGGCCGGCCAUGAAGCCCUCAGCAUCAUCGUGGACGAGUACAAGGCCCUGCUGCAGUGCUCCGUCCAGCAGCAAGUGGAAGCCAUCGAGAAGCAGUACAUCUCCGCCAUCGAGAAGCAGGCGCGCAGGUGUGAGGAGCUCUUAGACGCCCAGCAUCAGAGACUUCUUGAAAUGCUAGAUAAAGAGAAGGAACUCUUAAAGGACAAAAUCAAGGAAGCUUUGGUUCAGCAGUCUCAGGAACAGAAGGAAAUAUUAGAAAAAUGUUUGGAAGAAGAAAGGCAAAGGAACAAAGAAGCAUUAGUGUCUGCUGCAAAGCUUGAGCAAGAAGCAGUGAAGGAUGCAGUUCUAAAAGCCAUUGAAGAAGAAAGGAAAAACUUGGAAAAAAUCCACGCUGAGGAACGGGAGUUGUGGAAGACGGAGCACGCAAGAGACCAGGAAGAAGUCUCGCAGGCCAUCCAGAAGGCAGUGCGGGAGCAGAGGGAGAUCAGUCAGGAAACGGUGAAGGCGGCAAUAAUGGAAGAGCAGAAACGAAGCGAAAAGGCUGUGGAAGAGGCCGUGAGAAGAACGAGAGACGAGCUGAUAGAGUAUAUAAAGGAACAGAAAAGACUUGAUCAAGUCAUCCGCCAGAGAAGCCUGUCCAGUUUGGAACUGUUCCUCUCCUGUGCGCAAAAACAGUUAAGUGCUUUAAUCGCUACAGAGCCAGCUGACAUUGAAUAAAGACACUUGACCAGUCACCCCCACUGGCAGUGGCUGUCAUUAGACCUCGAAAAUAGAUGUUGUGACUUAGAAAGAUGCUUUUGUUUUCUUUCAAAACCUUGGACAGUUGAUUUCUACUUCAAAGAUAAAACCAAGAUAUUACUUUAAAAAAACUAUCAAGAAUUUUAAUUUUAAAAAGAAGAGAAUUUCUAUUUACUUUCUUGUUUUCACCUUUGCACUUACUAUUUUAUUAAUAGUAGGAGCAACAGCAACAGAAAGGAUGAUGUGACCCAAAAUCCACUGAGAAUCGCCAGAUUACCAAGAGUCAAUUAAGAUAACUAAGUAAAUGCUGGCCUUUCUGUUGGCUGUUGACUGCAUUGUAUUUGGCAAAAGUUGUAAAUAUAUACUUAAAACUUCAUGAUAAUUCCUGAUGCUAGAUUGCAAUUAUAUAUUUAUUUGAUUUUGAGAAUAUAAUGAAAUAGAUUUCAGCAUCACCACUUUGUCUUGAUGGUGGAUAUAACUUUAUAUUGGUGGUGGGUAUCACUAAUGGAACUCUAAAUGGGAAUAACCACUGGGACACAGAACAUUGACGUCAAAGAAUCAUUCUUGGUAUUAAGACUUUUCUGUCGUUGGACCCACGUGUCUCAUUGAUUACAAUUAAAAAUUAUAAUUAUUAAAAAUUACACUGACUAUAAUUUUGAUCCAGCUUAACUCUUAAAAGGGUACAGGAUGUAUGCCUAUUUUCUGUUUGUUUACAGUCACCUUAAAUCAAUAAAAUAAUUUUUCUUAGAAACCAUAUGAUAAAAGUAGUUUCUAGAAAGAAUAAAACAUCCAUUUGUUCAAGUUCAAAUGUCAGAGAUCAAUCCCCCCACCCCCGCUUAAUUCUUAAGAAUGUUCUUAGUUCAUAAGCAGUGUGCUUCAGUGCAAAAAUCAUCAUUUUUUAAUAGCAAAAAUAAAAUGACAUUAAAAUGUAUCCAAAGAUUUUGUUGUGUUAUCUGAAAUACUUCUACCUUCACAGACUUUGUACUUUUCUGGGAUUUUGCUAUGUAAUAAAAAGAGUUCUAAAAGUC